AUGGUAGACAACAGCGAAGACACCGUUUUCUUUCAUCGUUUUUUCCCAAAUGAGGCGCUUCAGACCAAGGGGAUUCUUCAGCUGCUGUUGCAUUUAAAGUGGGUGUGGAUAGGGCUGAUCUCCCAACGUGAUGAGAGUGGGCAGAGGUUCGUACGGAAUGCCCAUAUACUGUUUGCCCAGAAAGGUAUUUGCUUUGACUUCAUGCAAGAGUUGCCCAAAGAAACUUUUUCGAAUGACAUUGACAUGGUAUUUAAAGAUUUUAUUGCCUUGUACAAGAUUGUCAUGAACAGCACGGCCAAUGUUGUCAUCCUCUACUGUGAAAACCAGGUCAUUGCCGUUUUCAGGAUAUUUCCCUAUCUUUCAGAAUAUGAGUAUAUACCGGCGCUACCACUUUCUGUAUGCAAUGAAAAUUGUUAUCCAGGCUACCUCAAGAAAAAAAUAGACGAGAAACCGUUUUGCUGCUAUGAUUGUCUUCCUUGUGCAGAGGGGAAAAUUUCAAACAGAGUAGAUGCAGAUGACUGUUUACAAUGUCCAGAAGGUCAAUACCCAAAUGUAGCUCACAAUCUUUGCAUUGAAAAAAGGAUAACAUUCUUGUCUUACGAAGAACCCUUGGGAAUCACUUUGACCACCGUAGCUGUCUUGUUUCUUGCAACUUCGGCUUUGGUGCUGAGGAUCUUCAUUAAACAGUGGGAAACCCCCAUAGUCAAAGCCAACAACAGGAACAUCACCUACAUUCUUCUCAUUGCUCUCCAGCUAUCUUUCCUCUGCACUUUUCUUUUCAUUGGGCAGCCUGAUCCAGUGAAAUGUCUCAUGCGGCAAACUGCUUUUGGCAUCAUCUUCUCUGUAGCCAUAUCUUGCAUUUUGGGUAAAACAACCAUAGUGGUUCUUGCUUUCAUGGCCACCAAGCCAGGAUCCCAAAUAAAAAAAUGGGUGGGGAAAAGGCUAGCCAACUUCAUUGUCCUUUCCUGCUCCCUGAUACAAGUCACAAUUUGUGUUGUGUGGCUGGCAAUUUCUCCCCCAUUUCCAGAUUCUAAUAAUCACUCAAUGGCUGAAGAAAUUGUACUAGAAUGUAAUGAAGGAUCAACCAUCAUGUUUUAUACUGUCCUUGGCUUUAUGGGAUUCUUGACCUUUAUCAGCUUCACUGUGGCCUUCCUAGCUAGGAAGUUACCUGACAGCUUCAAUGAAGCCAAAUUCAUCACCUUUAGCAUGUUGGUCUUUUGCAGUGUCUGGGUAACAUUUGUUCCCACCUAUCUCAGCACCAAGGGAAAGUACAUGGUGGUGGUGGAGAUCUUCUCCAUUUUGGCUUCAGCAAUGGGAUUGCUUGGCUGCAUCUUUUUCCCAAAAUGCUAUAUUAUUCUUCUGAGACCUGAUUUAAAUAGAAAGGACAAACUUAUUAAAAAAACCUGA